GCUGUGUAAUUUUCUAUAGGACGGUAUAGGAAAAUCACAUGUAUAACCUUUCAAAAAUUGAACAACGUUUAUGUCCGGUACGGUAGAUAAGCUUUGGGAAGAUUAAACGUGUUUUUUUAUUAUAGUAGUAAGUAAAACACGUGUUUUCAUUAGAAUCAAUACAAUUAGUAUUAUAUUUAUAAUAUUUCAAACAAUAUUGUCAAUUCACAAUGCCUAAAUCAAAGCGAGAUAAAAAAAUAUCUCUAACAAAAACAAGUAAAAAAGGUAAAGCACUAAAACAACAUAUUGUCAAUGAUGUUCGAAGCUGUAUAGAAAAGUAUGAACGAAUAUUUUUAUUUUCUGUCCGAAAUAUGCGAAAUAACAAACUUAAAGAUUUAAGAGAAGAUUGGAAAGCAGAUAGUAGAUUUUUCUUUGGGAAAAAUAAAAUAAUAGCUCUAGCAAUGGGCCUUACUCCCGAAACAGAAGUCGCUGAUGGUAUACAUAAAUUAGCUAAGUCUUUAAAAGGACAAUGUGGAUUAUUAUUUACAAAUAAACUAAAAAAUAAAGUAUUGGAAUGGAUGAACAAUUAUGCAGAAGAAGAAUAUGCAAGAGCAGGAUUUAUUGCUCCAGAAACAAUAGUAUUACCUGAGGGACCUCUUCCUGAAUUUUCACAUGCAAUCGAACCUCAUUUGAGACAAUUGGGAAUGCCAACAACUCUUCAAAAAGGAGUUGUUACACUGGUUAAAGAAUUUGAAGCUUGUAAAAAAGGUCAACCACUAACUCCGGAACAAGCUAGAAUCCUCAAACUUUUUGGAAAUAUGCUGGCAGAAUUCAGACUAAUUCCCCUAGGAUUUUAUUCUAAGAAGAAAGGAUAUAAACGUCUAAAAACCACAGACUCUGGGGAAAAUCAUCAAGAAGAAAUGGAAACAGAGAAUACAAAUGAGACAUAAAUAGUAAAGAAGUUUAUAAUAAAGAUUCUUUUGUAAAUAAUUGUUAAACAUUAUUUUAUGGGAUUUUCUCAUUCUACAUUUAUUCUAAUCAAUUUAAAAUAUUAAAUAUAACCAUAUUUUUUAUUAAUUUCACUAAUAAUAAAUAGUAUAAUUUAUGAAGAUAAAAUUAGAUAUUUAGUUAUUAGAAGUAAAUUCAAAAAUAAUUUUGCGAAUGAUUGAAUCUACAUAUCGAAUUUAUUAUUCGACAAUUUAUACCUGUCUUUGAAGAAUAAAAAAUUUGAACACCAUUCAUAACAAAUGAAGUUAUUACUUGAUGCUAUGUAACCAUCGAGAUUGCGACAUCAUAAGUUUAUGUAACAAAUAUUGGUUUAAAUUUAUUAAUAAAUUUUAAAAAAUAA